ACACUUCCAACCAUCACGACUUUACACACACUUUGCUGUACAUUGUUUUGCAACAAGUGUGUGUGUGUUUUAUUGUAAACACCGGAACUCUGAACACCGGAAGCACAGAAAUAAAUAGGUCAGUAGGCCAGGAAGUACACACACACACACACACACACACACACACAGCAUCAGUUCAUCUAAACAGCAGCAAGUUACAACCUGACCGGAAGUGCAACACGUCACGCGCUCUUAAUUACAUAAGAUGUCUGGUAUAAUAAUUACACGUCCACGUCACGAGCGGCGGGGAGUCUCGCGCAUCUUCCACGUUAAACACGUGAUCAGUGAGAAAUGCGUUUUAUUACCGCAGUAGUGAAUCUACAACACGUCCCCUUUGUGUGUGUGUGCGCGUGUCACGUCGUUCGCCAGUGAUAACGUUUAACUAAUACACACAGUGAUAGGAACAGAGGAGGCGGAGUGAUGGGUCAGGAGACUCCUCCUGCUCCAGAGCUGGUGCAGGUGUCCUCAGGCGUGUCCUCAGGUGUGGUGUUACGGUGUCUUGCCCCCGCGGAUCACAGGGGCCGAGUGUUUAAACUCUACCGUAAGUACACACUCAUCUUCUCACAGCGGUUCGACUCGGAGCGCUCGUACGCCGACUUCCACCUCAACAACAUCACGGCAGACACGGCGGAGAUCUACUGCUGCAGCUACGACUACAGCGCCUUCAGCCCCUACACCCACAUCUCAGCUCCACCACGCCCAAUCACACCUGCUACUCCUCAGCUCUCAGUCACUCCAGCAGAUGGGCGUGUCCAGCCUGGUCAGAUGGUGGAGUUUUAUUGUCAGGCCCCGCCCACUCCCACUCCUGUAGAAUUUAUCUUUCAGAAACGGAGCUGGGAGGGGCAGGACCUUCAGAUAGUUAGCCGUUCUACUAGUCCUCAUUUCAGGAUGGGGCAUGUGGUCGUGUCUGAUGGGGGCAUGUACACCUGCUUCUACCUGCUGAACAAACCAGAGGGAGUUCAGAACUCUGCCCCCAGCACACGUGUCUCUCUGAAUGUACGAGUUGUGCUCCCAGCUCCGCGGUUAUCUCAGGGUGGAGAGGGGGUGCUAGUGUGCACCGGGUCACCAUCGUACCCUGGUGCUCAUUUCUCCCUGUUCCAGCAGGGUUCCUCGUUGCCAUCAGCAACGCAACCCGCCCACACACUUCAACACAGCGUUCAAUUCGCUGCUUCAGGACAUCAGUGGGAAGGAGGCGGAUACCAGUGUCAGUACAGUGUGCUGCUGGGUAACACCUGGGCACAUUCUGAACUCAGCACCUCUAUCCAAUUUCCAUGUGUUCCAGGGUCUCCAUCCUGCGGCUCCAUCCUGUCUUCUACAGAUGACUAUACUCCACAAACUGGGUCGAUGGACCUGCCAUUGGUGUGUGGCUCCAUCUCAGCUGCGCUGCUCUUCCUCAUGGUGCUCCUCUUCAUGUUUUUUGGGAUUCGUAAAUACGCUAAAAAAUCAGCCAAGAAACGGAGACAGAGGGCUCAGGAGCAGUUCUGGAAGCAGGUACACUCCAGAGACCACAUUAUCGAUCUCACAUUGCAGAGAGUCAGCACGGGCUCCACGGAUGAAGGAGGAGUUUCAGUGUCAGAGCCGAUCUACGACUGUCCUCUAACAUCAUUUACCAUCCCACCUGCACACUGACACUCUCUCUCUCUCUCUCUCUCUCUCUCUCUCUCUCUCUCUCUCUCUCUGUCUGUCUGUCUCUCUCUAGGCCACAGGGUGGAGUUAGUGCUCCACACACAGACAGGUACGGUCCACCUGAGUGGGCAGAGCAUGUGGAUGUGGUCGGGUUUAGUUUGCAUUUAGUUACGUUAGUUUCUUCCGGCCACAAAGGCAAAAUUCACACAUGCACACACACACACACACACACACACACACACACACAUACACACACACGCACAGAGUCUGUGCUCUCAGUGUUUUCUCUGUGCUCUCCUAUUUUUUACGUAUUUUAUUUUUAUGUUCACAAUUCGCUCAGUUUACACUUAUUUUUCUAUAUAACUCAUUUUCUCUUCUUCCUUCUUAAUCUCUCCAUCCGCCCCCCUCCCCCCCCUUUAUUUGUAUGGUGUGUAUUUGGUGCUAAUUUGUGUGUAAGUUUAUUGUUCUUGAGAUUCUUUUCUAUAAAUAAAUAAAUGCUUUUAUUAAAUAUA